GCCUCACUUCACAUCCCCAACGGCCAUCGCCGGCGCCGAUCGCUCUCGCUCCGAUCCUCGUCACCCGCGGCUGGCCGCCCACUGCCCCGAGCCUCCUCAUUCCCAUGGCGGCGUCGCUGGACCUCGCUAGUCUGCAGUCCAUGGCGCAGACGCUCCGCAGCAGCUUCCUGAGCCAGGCGCUGGUGCUGCUGCUGCUCGUGCUGGUGCUGCGCUACGUGGCCGCGUCCUGGCGCGCCGGCUUGGCGCCGUACGAGGUGCAGAUGUGCCCGCCCAUCAACCCGCACGUGCACUACCGCUACGGCGUCUCGCAGAUGCAGGGGAGGCGGCCGUACAUGGAGGACCGCCACACGGCCAUGGCGGAACUCAACGGCGACCCGAAGCAGAGCUUCUACGGCAUCUUCGACGGCCACGGAGGCGACGGCGCUGCAAAUUAUUGUGUGCAGGCCAUGUGCCAGAAUGUGAUCAGGGAGCCGACGAUCAACAAGGAGCCGGUGGAAGCGCUCAAGAACGGAUUCCUGCGCACCGACCAAGAGAUCGCGAACCACAAGAACUCCGAGGAUGGAACGACGGCCGUUGUAGUGCUGACGCAGGGCGACGAGAUCUUUGUGGCACAUACAGGCGACUCUCGCGCUGUACUGGUGCAUCGCAGUGGCAAGGUGUCGGUGCUGACGUCGGACCACAAGCCGAACCGGCCGGACGAACGUCGCCGGAUCCAAGAGCUCGGAGGAUCCGUGGUGUUCUGGGGCGUAUGGCGCGUUGAGGGCAUUCUUGCAGUCUCGCGCGCUAUCGGCGACCGCAUGCUCAAGCCUUUCGUUGUGGCCGAGCCCGAGGUGAAGAAGUUUACGCGCACGGAAACGGAUCGCUACGUGGUCCUAGCAAGUGAUGGAGUGUGGGACACGGUUUCCAACGAUGACGCAGCACAGCUGGUGCUCAAGUACGAAGACCCGCAGACUGCAGCACAGCGUAUCAUGGAGGAGGCCUACGCGCGCGGAAGCAUGGACAACAUUUGUGUCAUGGUCAUUGACUUGAGAGCGUAA